AAGAAGAAGCUAGAGAAGAAGAACUAAAACAAAAUAUGGAGAACAAGAAUGUGUUUGUGUUGUGUAUGAUCAUCUUGGUUGUCUCGUCGUUGAUGUUUGAAGGAGUUGAUUGUAGAACUUUACGAUUGAAGAUGUUAGAUGAUGAAGCCUUGGUGAGCAUGAAGGUGAGUAGUAAUGGCUCGAGAAGUCAACGUCCUUUGGUGAAGAGCUUUGUUUACAGGUUAGCGUCUGGUCCGAGCAGGAGAGGACCUGGUCACUGAUCGAUCAAAACAACUACACCACUUUUGGUUUUUUUUCGUUGUGUUUGAUUUUUAUCUUUUUACCCGUUGGUUGUGUUAUAACCUUUUUCUUUUAAUAUGUGUAAAGAGUUGUUUUUUUGAAGGACAUGUAACAUGAAGUUC